AUGAAUCGCGAGCUAAGACGCUGUUGUAUAGUCGGCGGCAAUGCAGUUUCGGCAUUUCUUUCAUGGCGAUUGCAGGCCACAAAUGCCUGCGACGUGACCUUGGUCUGGAAAGCCAAUUACCAGGCUGUUGCGCAGUAUGGCGUAUCUUUCAAAUCACAGCUCUUUGGCAAUGAGCGGUUCAAGCCACGUUAUGUCGUCCAAAGUCCCGAAGAGGCAGCGAACCAACAAGCCUCUUUCGAUUAUGUCUUGCUGUGUGUGAAAGCGCUUCCCGAUGUCUACAACCUUGCAGACAUAAUCCAGUCCGUUGUGACACCUCAACACACCUGUAUCCUCAUCAACACAACAAAUACACUGGGCGUGGAAAAACAAUUGGAAGAGAGAUUUCCUACCAAUGUGGUGCUCUCACUUGUUUCUGGGGCAGAUUUAACACAGCUCGGUUCCAGCGAGUUCGAGCACACCGGGUCCACUGAAAUCUGGGUUGGGCCUGCUAGCAAGAACUCAGCUAUCCCAGAGUCCAUCCAAAGGGACAUGUCAGAGGCCUUAGCUAUGACAUUGACCACAGCACAAGUUGACUGCAAGGUAUCAAACAACAUCAAGCAACAACAGUACGAAAGAAUGAUUGGUCCCAUUGCCUUUCAUCCCAUCAGCGUCUUGUUUGAAACCCCCAUUCUCUCCGAUCUAAUACGACUACCCGGUGUUCACGAAUUGAUAUCCAGCGUUAUGGACGAACUCUUGGAGUUGGCACGUGCACAGGAGUGCAAAUUUCCCUCUGACUUUAAAGAAAACACAAUCUCAACUAUGAUUACCCCGACCCAAGACCCCAGCACGAUGUAUCAAGAUUUUACAUCCCGACGCCCAAUGGAGGUUGAAACAUACCUUGGAACCCCGGUGCAGUUCGCAAAAGAUCUAAAGGUCAAAGUGCCCCGUAUCGAGACAUUGUACACCAUGUUGCGCCAUGUCAAUAUGGUCAACAAAGAUCGACCGCAAACCUCUCCUCAAUCUGCGAUACCUCCUUCGCCUGCUGUCGUUCAGCCACCCCCUCGAAACAUGUCCUUAUCCAACGGCCCGCCGCCUCGACAGCUCAACGGAUCCAUCAGUGGACCACCACGACCUAUGCGUGGUCCAAACAUGGGUCCCCCGAUGGGCCCUCCAGGAAGACGUGGUCCUCCUCCAGUCAAUGGAUUCCGUGGUCCUCCAAAUAGCUACCCACCCCGGGGCCCCAGUCAAAUGCAGAGACGGCCUUCAUAUGAGGAGAACAAUCUAGAUGAGUUCAGUCAUGUGGUGCUCUAUGACGAGCUAGGAGAUGGUGCCGAUGCUACCAACUUCGGAGAAAAUGGUGGGCCGCAAGGCCCAUCUUUGAGGGAACGCGAAUUGAUGCUGCGGGAGAGAGAACUUCAACUUAAGCAACAAGAAAUGUCCAUGAGAUCUCGAGGCAAUGGCAGAAGACCUACAAAUAAUCGCCACCAAGAUUUUGACGACGAUGACGACGACGACGAUUAUUUCGACCCCAUGGCAGCACGCGGUCCUCCUCCCCCAUCAAUUGAUCCUGAUAAUUUUGACAUGAUGAGUGUGACCUCGCGGCGGACGAAAAGGACAAACAGCCAGAAUCAGUUGCGUAAGGAUGUCUUCACCAAUGGUCCAGCCAUGCGGCAAGGUGGCUAUCCUCGCCCAGGGAUGAACCGACAACGGACCAGUACCCAGAUACUAUCCGACAUGCCCAUUCUUGGAGCCAACAUCUUGGACAAUCCUAUGAUGGGGUUUUCAUCGAAUCGAUACGGCAAUGUGGAUCGAAAAGAAAUGGCAGACGAAUCCCGUGCGAACUCGUUGACAGCAAGUCGAUUACAAGAAAUUGGUAUGAAUGGUGGACCAUAUCCAGGCCCGCCCAGCCGUCGUACUAGUCGGUCACCCGGUAAUCCAUUCGGGCCUUCGGGCAGAAUGCCUGGUCGACCCUCCCCACCAAACGAUCCCUAUGCUCAACAAGGGCCACCGCGCAAUGGCCGACCAUCACCACCCAGCGGCAUGCCAGCUCCAGUUCCACGAUACCCUCCAACCCAAGGCAACAUGAUGCAUCCACAUCAGGUCGAACAGGCAGGGGUGAGCAAACCUCUCCCACCACUCAAAGCCCCCGUGAAAAGUCUGACUGGAAGUGCAAGUGCUAGCGCGGGUAGCGCUGACAGUGGAAGUGCAAAUAUCGAAUCGGAGCCGUCUGCGCAUAGCAGCACGAGCAGCUUCGCGCCACGACACAUGCUUGCGACUCAUUAG